CAGCGCGCACAGACUCGCCUCUGUCUUUUCGGUUGCCCCGUGAUCGAGGGCCAGGGCAGAUCGGGAGAGGGAGAGAUCUCCAGAGGGAGAAAGCAGCCCGCAAGAUCCGCAGGACGCUGCCAUGGUGGUUCUGCACUAUUACCAGCAGCCCAGCGAGGCAGAGAGUGGUCUCAGCAGCCUUCUGCGCUCAGCCCAAGCUGCCUUGGGCGAUGGCGUCAAAGCGGUGCAGAAGGAAUUGUGUUUCAACGUCAACUGGACAGAGGGGACGCCCCCCAACUCACAGGAGACUGAGAUGCUGCAUUGGGUCUUUGGCUGCCCUUUCGAACAUGGCGACAUUGCAACCAAAUCUUUCCUCAACCCAUCGCCUUCUGAUCUGCUAAUAGAGAUUGGCCCCCGGCUGAACUUCUCAACAGCUUCCUCCACUAAUGCAGUUUCAAUUUGCUGGGCCGCUGGGCUAGAAAAGAUCGACCGUAUUGAGUGUUCCCGUCGUUACCUCUUCAAGUGUGACAAGCAUCCGUCGUCAUCCCAGGAAGACGCCAUAGUAUCUUCACUACAUGACCGGAUGACUGAACAGUGCUACCCAGAAUCCAUCAGCAGCUUUGCUAUAGCAACCCACCCGGAGCCUGUGUUCCACGUCGAUAUUUUAGGAGAAGGAAGAGCAGCGCUGGUGAAAGCUAACAACCAGCUUGGCCUGGCCUUUGAUUCCUGGGAUUUGGACUUCUACACGGGCCUCUUCCAGAAACUUGGCAGAAAUCCCACCAGCGUGGAGUGCUUUGAUCUAGCGCAAUCAAACAGCGAACACAGUCGGCAUUGGUUCUUCAAAGGGCGCCUCCUGGUGGACGGGAAGGAGGUCAAGGAGUCGCUCUUCGAGUCCAUCAUGAAGACCCAAGAACGCAGCAACCCCAAUAACGUCAUCAAGUUCUGUGACAACAGCAGUGCCAUCCAAGGCAGGGAGGUCCUUUCGCUGUGGCCCAGGGACCCGUCCCGCGCCAGCCCCUUCGAGAAGCGUACCUCCACCCGGCAUGUCAUUUUCACAGCUGAGACCCACAACUUCCCCACUGGCGUGGCCCCCUUCAGUGGUGCCACCACAGGGACGGGCGGGCGGAUCCGGGACGUUCAGUGCACGGGUCGCGGGGCCCACGUUAUUGCUGGCACGGCUGGAUACAGUUUUGGCAAUCUGCACAUCCCAGGAUACUCAUUACCUUGGGAGGAUCCGUCCUUGCCAUAUCCUGGGAACUUUGCCCGGCCUGUGGAGGUGGCCAUUGGAGCCAGUGACGGAGCUUCAGACUAUGGCAAUAAGUUUGGGGAGCCUGUGCUGGCAGGCUUUGCACGGUCCUUUGGGCUCCGCCUGGCAGAUGGGGAGCGGCACGAGUGGAUCAAGCCCAUCAUGUUCAGUGGUGGCAUUGGGGCCAUGGAAGAUGCACAUGUACGCAAGGAAGUCCCACAGUCUGGUAUGGAUGUGGUGAAAGUUGGAGGACCUGUCUAUCGAAUUGGUGUUGGAGGCGGUGCAGCUUCUUCCAUCCAGGUACAAGGGGACAACGCCAGUGAGUUGGAUUUUGGAGCAGUGCAACGCGGUGACGCCGAGAUGGAGCAAAAGAUGAACCGGGUGUUGCGAGGCUGUGUGGAGAGCGGAGAAGACAAUCCCAUCUGCAGCUUGCAUGAUCAGGGGGCUGGAGGCAAUGGGAAUGUGUUGAAGGAGCUGAGCGAGCCAGCCGGGGCCACUAUCUACGCAAGCCGCUUCCAGCUUGGAGACCCCACUCUAAGCGUUCUGGAGAUCUGGGGGGCUGAGUACCAAGAAUCGAACGCCCUCUUGCUACGCCCCCGCCAUGCUGAUUUCCUGCGGCGCUUGGCCCGCCGCGAGAGGUGUUCCGUUGACUUCGUAGGCAGGAUUACAGGCGAUGGACGGAUUGUGCUCGUUGACGACACGAAGGUUCCGGCAGCUGACGUGGAGCUGGAGAAAGGCCAGGCAGGAGGCAGGGACACCCCUGUGAACUUGAAGCUGGAGUGGGUGUUAGGCAAGAUGCCGCGUAAGGAGUUUGUGUUGAACCGCGUCAAUCGAGUCCUCCGACCCCUGGAUCUUCCUCGUGACCUUAGUGUGGUGGACGCCCUCCAACGCGUCUUGAGGCUCCCGGCCGUGGCUAGUAAACGUUACCUGACCAAUAAGGUGGAUCGUUCGGUGACGGGGCUGGUGGCUCAGCAACAGUGCGUGGGGCCGCUCCACACCCCACUGGCAGACGUCGCUGUGGUGGCCUUCUCUCCCUUUGAGACAGUGGGAGGAGCCACGGCCCUCGGGGAGCAGCCAAUCAAAGGGCUCAUUGAUCCCGCAGCCGGUGCCCGAUUGGCUGUGGGUGAGGCCCUCACCAAUCUGGUUUUUGCUCGUGUCACUGACCUUAAGGAUGUGAAGUGCAGUGGGAACUGGAUGUGGGCGGCCAAGCUGCCAGGCGAGGGGGCGGCCUUGGCUGAGGCCUGCAGGGCCAUGUGCUCCGUGAUGGGCGAGCUGGGCGUGGCUGUGGACGGAGGCAAGGAUUCCCUCAGCAUGGCGGCCCGCGUCGGCACGGAAACCGUUAAAGCCCCUGGGACGCUUGUCAUCUCUACAUAUGCCGUCUGCCCAGAUAUCACCGCCACGGUGACCCCUGACCUCAAAUGUCCGGAUGGGAAAGGGACCCUGCUUCACGUGGCAAUUAGUCCCGACCGGUAUCGCCUCGGGGGCAGUGCCCUGGCUCAGUGUUUCUCUCAGUUGGGGGAUGUUUCACCAGACCUGGACAGCCCCAGCACCCUUGUUUCCUGUUUCCAAGUCACCCAGGCUCUGCUACGAGACUCUGUGAUUUCCUCUGGGCAUGACGUGAGUGACGGGGGCCUCCUGACUUCCAUGCUGGAGAUGGCCUUUGCUGGGAAUUGUGGUGCCCAGAUAGAGCUGGGCGCCCCUGGAAUCAACGCCCUGGAUGUGCUAUUUGCCGAGGAGCUCGGGCUGGUGCUGGAGGUGCCCCGCGCAGUGGCGGCUGAUGUCUGCCGACGGUACCGGGAAGCCGGGGUGCGGUGUGUGCCUGUUGGCUAUUCAGGCCCUCGGGGCCCCAACGCCAUGAUCCGGGUCACUGUGAAUGGCCAGGAAGUGCUGGCGGAGAAAGUGGCCACCUUGCGAGGCUGGUGGGAAGCCACCAGCUUCCAGCUGGAGAGGCUGCAAGCCAACCCGGAGUGUGUGGCCCAAGAAGAGACAGGGCUGGCCUUGCGCACGGAACCUAGCUACACCAUGACCUUUAACCCCCAGGAGGAACUUCCUCUCCUGCAGGAAAUCGCCAUGCCUGCCCCUCGGGUUGCCAUCCUUCGUGAAGAAGGAAGCAACGGAGACCGUGAAAUGGUGGCCGCGUUCCUCAUGGCUGGAUUCCAGGUCUGGGACCUCACCAUGCAAGACUUGUGCUCGGGCGAGAUGACGCUGGACUCCUUCCGAGGCCUGGUGUUUGUCGGAGGAUUCAGCUAUGCGGAUGUUUUAGGAUCUGCCAAAGGCUGGGCAGCUUCGGUGACCUUUAACCCCCGGGCACGGGCUCAGUUCCAGGCAUUCCACCAGCGCAAAGACACCUUCAGCCUGGGUGUCUGCAAUGGGUGCCAGCUGAUGGCAUUGCUAGGCUGGGUGGGGGCCGAGAGCCAAGACACCGGAGACUUAGGUGGUAGCGUCCAACCCGAGGUGCUGUUGAGUCCAAACCGUUCCGGCCGCUUUGAGUCACGUUUUGUGAGCCUGGGGAUUGAGGAGAGUCCGGCGGUGAUGCUACGGGGCAUGGCGGGCUCCACCCUGGGCAUCUGGGUGGCACACGGAGAAGGUCGGAUGCGGUUCCGCUCGGCUGAAGUCCUGGCUCGGGUACGCUCCGCCCGCUUGGUCCCCCUGCGCUACGUGGACGACCAAGGACUGCCGACUGAGGAGUACCCUCUGAAUCCCAACGGGUCUCCUCUCGGGAUUGCAGGCAUCUGCUCUUCUGAUGGACGCCAUUUAGCCAUGAUGCCUCAUCCGGAGCGCUGCGUCCUACCGUGGCAAUGGCCUUGGAUGCCAACCUCCUGGCGCCAGUCCGUGAAGGUCUCGCCGUGGCUCCGCAUGUUCCAGAACGCCUGUGAAUGGUGCUUGCGGUACCCUGAGGGCCAGCCCUGACCUCGCUUUCCCUGAUGCGUUCUGCCUUUUUAGCGUGACUCACAAGCUACUCUGCGCCACUCAUUACAAGCUGGACUAGACCAGACAAAACGUCAUGAUCCUCAGGCCGUAGAUUCAAACUUCUAGUGCCAUCGCCCUUGUACAUAGCCUGGGUUUCUCCCCACAAGCUCCCCUUCAGCACAUGAUACUGAACAUCAGAGGGAUCAAGGAAGAAUGACUGUGCAAUACCUCCGUUGAACACAGGAGGUCGACAUUGUGCAACAAGGAAUAAGGUGGUAUUUGUCUCACUGUGGGAUCGCUUGGGACCAAUGCAGUUUCUAAAGUGCCAAUAAUAAAUGCAAAUUGACUUUUAGAAA